AUGCCAGCACCAGAUAUCAUUCCACCAGUCCAACCCCCAACUGAGCCUCAGACUAAUCCUAGUGACGGUAAAAUCAUACUAGUCAGUGCUAAUGGAGACGAAAUACCCUUGUCACGCAAAGCAGUCAAACUAAGCAAAACCCUUGAGAAUAUGGUUAAAACCCAUGAAGAUAGUGUUCCUCCAAAUGAAACACUAAAAAUUAGUCUAUCUAUGAUUGCAACUAACGUCGUGACUAAAGUCGUUGAAUACCUGGAAUACCACAAGGAAGAAUCAAUGGAAUCUUGGGUCAAGACUCAGAUUGCUGAACGAGGCCCUGAUUAUACGUUAGAUACUUCGUAUAUGCGACAGUCGUUAGAAAUCUCAGUUUGGGACAAAUCACUUUUUGAAGAUGAAUCGAUGCAUGUUGCGCCAUCAUAUGUGUUUGCAAUUGUGGUAGCUGCCAAUGUUUUGACCAUUGAAAUGCUUCAGGAUUUAUGCAAAAAAAUGCUAGCAAACUUGAUUAAGGGUCUUAAUAAUGAGGAUGCAAGAAGAUUGUUGGGUAUAUGUGGUGAUUACGGGUUAACACGAGAAAUGGAGAAAAAUGUCUAUAAACAGCGAAACAUGUCACCAAGUGAUCAUCCAAUUGACUUGAAUAUGCAGAAGAAUUUUAAAAAGUAA